AUGCGAGUUGCUUCUGCAGCAGUAAGAAGGGCGGCUGCACGCAUGCGUGCAGCCGCGGAAAGCGCCUCUCAGAUCUCAGCAGCAGGUGAUUCAUCGCCUGUUGUUGUGAAUGGUCCACGUGGUGACUCACCACAUGCGACAGGUACAUCCGCUGCGUCUGCAGCGGGUACCUCGAGUCGUAAUCAAGGCGAGUCUGAGAUAGAGCUCAUCUAUUUUUGGAAGGCGGAUGAUGCAUCCGACCCGAAGGUGACUCCUCACGCCUACGGAUCACCCGGGGCGAACAAUGCAAAAACUAGGUUGACUGGAUCUGGUCAACGCGGCGGUGUCAUGUCCGAGAUCUUCAUAUCGAGUGAUUAUUCCGAUGAAUCUCCGCCUCGCGCAAGUCCAUCCAACGAGAGAACGCGUGGGGAUGGUGGUGAUGCACCUACACAUCACCACGAGUGA